AUGGCGUCCUCCAUAAAUAUUGGUUUUGCAGUUUUGUCCUUUGUCUUUGUGUUAUUUGCGUUGUAUGAAGCCAAAGACAUUCUGUGGGCUGAGCAUAGACGAUUCAGAAUCGGCUAUGUUCUCAAAUGGAAAAAGGAGCAAGGGAGGGACUCCGUGGUGCAAGUGACAAAGGAAGCCUAUGAGACCUGCGUCAUUUCAAAGCCAAUCAAAGCAGACGUGGAGGAGAUCACGUUGAAUAAGUCAGGACCAUUCUGCUUCAUCAGUGGUGUUAAGGAGCACUGUGACAUGGGCUUAAAGCUCACGGUGGUGGUUCUGUCUGAAAAACAUAAGUAUGGUUCGGAUUCUCCGUCGCCUGCUCCAGCUGCAGCUCCGUCGAGUAACGCUGCUGCUCGUGGUUUCAGUUUGAGUGCUGCGUUUAUUGCGGUUGGGGUGGCAGUGGGGGGAUGGCUUUGUUUUGAGCGUGUGAGACAACGGACUGAUUAUGAAAAACACGAACACAGAGCGAAAGCACAUGGUCGUCGAAACGCUCUCUGCUGUCAUCUUUGCUGCGAAAGCGAAAGCACUUUGCUUUCAGAAAUAGAUUGCAGCAGCUCUCAUAGCUUCUCCCAUGGCGCCGUAGCUUCAUUCCACGGAAAAGGAACAACCUUUCUUCCUCCAAAAGUCGGCACUUUUCGGGCUUCCUUCAGUUCAAAAUCAGAAUUCCUGAAUUCCCACCUGUACCCUUCUCUCACUUCCCUCGAUUCUUUCCGAUUUCAGCAGCAGGGUUGCAAUGUGCUGAAGAUUUCAGUUUCAGUGAAGUCGAGAACUUCGAAAUCAUAUGCAUUGGUGGUGAGGAGUGACCACCGUCAUCCCCAGAACUCCGACUUUCCGCAGCACUAUUCGAAGAAGGAGAAGAAGUCCUUUCCGGUGCCAAUUGUGGAGCUGAGACGGGCGGCGAGGGAGAGGCUUAAGAGCAACAAGGGAAAGCCUAGGACCCCAGUUCCACCUCUCAAAAAUGGCUUGCUCGUGAAGACCCUUGUGCCGGUUGCGUAUGAUGUGUUUGAUGAGAGAAUUACAUUGAUCAACAAUUUGAGGAGGCUUUUGAAGGUGGUUCCUGUGCAAGCUUGCAGGUUCUGUAAUGAAAUUCAUGUGGGGCCUGUUGGGCAUCCAUUCAAAUCAUGUAAAGGUGCAAAUGCUAACAUUCGUAAGGGUGUUCAUGAGUGGAUACCAAAUGUGACCGUUGAUGACAUAUUCUUGCCAGUUGAAGCUUUCCACCUCUAUGAUCGACUUGGAAGACGUAUUCCUCAUGAGGAGAGAUUCUCAACUCCUAGAGUUCCAGCAAUAGUUGAGCUCUGCAUCCCGGCUGGGGUUGAUGUCCCGGAAUAUCCCACUACAAGGAGAAGAAAGCCAAUCAUCCGAAUUUUGAAGGGUGACUUUGUUGAUGCAGAUGAAAGUGAGCUACCAGAUCCUGACAGUGAAGCACCCAAGAGACCAGUUUUGACUGAAAUAUCAGAUUCGGAGGUAGUAGCCCCCACUGAUGAAGAAGAAACAACCUUGCUUACUGAGGAAACACUACGAGCAUGGGAGCAAAUGAGGAGAGGAGCCAAGAGGUUGAUGAAGAUGUAUCUGGUGAGGGUUUGCGGGUAUUGCCCUGAGGUGCAUGUUGGUCCUAGUGGGCACAAGGCUCAGAACUGUGGGGCCUUUAAACACCAACAACGAAAUGGGCAGCAUGGCUGGCAGACGGCCGUGCUCAAUGACUUGAUACCACCAAGAUAUGUGUGGCAUGUCCCAGAUGUGAAUGGAUCACCAUUGCAGUGGGAGCUCAGGAACUUCUAUGGGCAAGCCCCUGCGGUUGUCGAAAUGUGCAUUCAGGCGGGAGCUGCUGUUCCAGAGGAAUACAGACCAACCAUGAGGUUGGAUGUCGGGAUUCCCUCCACUAUUAAAGAAGCUGAAAUGGUAGUUUGAUGAGAUGAGUAGUUUGUAAGUAGAAUAUCGAAAGAAGGAAAACUUCUUGCAGAUGAUUUGUUUGUUGUACCAACUUACUUUGCUUUUUCAUCCCAAACGAACGAAAAUUUACAGUCGCUCACCCUUCUACUUUUACCCAAGGAAAUCUGACAAAAUGUAAUAAUUCACCAUCUUAACAUGUGGUUUGAACAAAAGGCUUCCAUUUAAGCUUCAAAGCUCUUAUAUACAUUAGUUGAUACCGAUUUUGAUCUCU